GGCCGCGCCGCGGAGCGGGGCGCGGCUGGCUGCCGCUCGCGCUGCUGGGCGGGGGGCUGCUGCGGGGCCUCUGCGGUGGCGAGCGCGGUGCCCGGGUGCUCGUCGGCCUGUCCAGGGCACUGCCCGGCAGGAGGCUCCCUGCGCCCGGCGCGCGUGGCCGUGCCGGCCUGCUUCGCCUCGCCGCGUCGCCGGAGGAUGCGCAGGGCUUGCCCUACAGCGCUUCGGACGAGGCCAGCGAUCUGCAGCAGCACAGGGCCCUGCUGCUCAGCGGCGAGGGGAGGUUCGCCGAGGCGGAGGCGGUGCUCCGAGAGGUCUACGCCACUCGCGCCAAGGAGCUCGGCGAGCUGCACGAGAAGACGCUGGCCACGCUCUGCGCUUGCGCAGCAGCCGUGUUUAAGCAAGGGCGGUUCAAGGACGCCGAGAAGCUCUACCGCUCCACCCUCGUCCGCCGCAGGUCCGUGUUCGGGCCGGGCGAUCCGCGCACGAUCACGGCGAAGCACUGCCUGGCGUGCGUGGUCGGCGAGCAGGGAAGGCUCCGCACCGCCGAGCGGCUGCACCGCGCGGUGCUGCAGGAUUGGCAGGCCGCCGGCCUGGCUGGGAACCACUCGAGCGUGCUGGCCACGCAGAACGCCCUCGCCGUCGUGCUCACGAACAUGGGAAGGUUGCCGGAGGCCGCCGACUUGUACGCCGUGGUGGUACGGGGGCGGCAGGGCCUCGGCGAGCAGCAGAAGACCACCGAUCAUCUGGGCGUCGAUAGGCAGCUGGAGGGCACCAAGAGCGACUCCCGCAACCUCAGGAACAAGGAUUUCGCUAGUCAGCAGAAUGGUGCCAUCGCCAUCGCCAGUAAUCACGUACCACGGGGAUUGAGCACGUGCUGGAAGGCCCUGGAUGUGGGCAAGGUCGCGUCAGACACCCUGGCCGUGCGGCACGCCCUGGACGUCAUGGUCGUCGCGCAGUGCGACACGGCGGCCGACUCGUUCGAGGUCGUCACCACCCUGGUGGGCGGGGCUCGGGAUCUCCAGGCGGCGUUAGAGGGCAACCUGGAUAUGACGCUGGCGGCGGCCAAGGGCAAGCUCCCGGGCGGCUCGGGCGCGCAGGUGGCGGGCUGCAAGCGCACACGGCACUCCGCCGUCGUGCCCGCCACCGUCUGGAGGGGCGAGGUCUCGGGCUUCUCGCCACAGGAGAUCGGGGAACUGAGUGCGAGGGCCAUGGCGCUGGGCGGCCAUCCCUUCAUUGCCUCAGACAUCCCCGGGGCAGCGCUGCCAGGCAGGUCGACCCCAGAGCGCGCGACGGCGCUCGUCGUCAAGAGGUGCGCAGAGGAGUUGCGGCGAGCUUCAGGCGCGCGCCAGCGCAGCGAGCGCGCGAUCAGCGCAGUGGAGGCCUCGCCCAGACAGCCGACGCGCAUUUUCAAGCUCGACGCGCUGGCUCAGAUCGAACAGCGGCCCGGCGAGACAAGCGAGCGCCGCUUCCGCUUCGGCGGGAGCUUCGCCAGCAUCUGGCGGGGGGGCGCCCGGGCGGCUCUCAAGGGGAGCUACUGCAGCGCCCUGGAGCGCCACCUUGCGGGCGGCACGCGCGCGACUUGCGGGGUGCCGGACACUCUCGCCCCUCGCGUCGGCUGCUGCCCCGUCGCUUCGCGGCGGGCGGGGCUGCGGAGACUGGCCGGCCUGGCGAUCUCGAGGCUCGCCGCUCGCGCUGCGGCGCGCCUUGUCGCGGGGCCCGCGCCUGCCCAUCGCCUCCGCCGCGGCUGCCAGAGCCGCCUCGUGGAGACGGGCCGCGUGCCGCGCGCGGACGCCGCCUCGAAACAGGAGCGGGCUGACCUGCGCGUGCCGCCCGCCUUUUGGGAGGCAGCCGCCGUAAUCGCCCACGAACGCGUCGUGGUGGGCGGGAGUCGCUGGCAGCGCGUUCGCUGCCUGCGCUGCAAGUCGACGCGCGAGGCGCUUCACAAGCGGAAGCGGCUCCUGAAGGGCCAGCACCCGAAGUGCGGCGAGACUGCGACGAUACUCGCGAGCUUGUCAGUUUCCCGGACAGCGCUCUGA